CUCUCUCUCUCUCUCUCUCUCUCUCUCUCUCUCUCUCUCUCGGUCUCUCUCUCUCUCUCGCUCGGUAUCAACUGAAAUUGAUAGUCGGUCUCUUGCUGGGGCUCCUUGUCGAAGCUUUUUCUUGGUGGCUCAGUUGAAAUCGAAAGACUGAUUGUAGGAAGAGUUAGAAGAAGAUGUCUCAAAGAAGGGAGACUGGUCCGUCUCGGCCGUAUAGGCCUAUUCAACGGACUCAGACGCUUGGUAGUCUUGGAGAGGCUAUGCUUGAUAGUGAAGUGGUUCCAUCUUCUUUAGUGGAGAUUGCUCCCAUUCUUCGUGUGGCUAAUGAAGUUGAAGCUAGUAACCCACGUGUUGCUUACCUAUGUCGUUUUUAGGAUUGAUCCGACAUCAAGUGGACGUGGUGUUCGCCAGUUUAAGACUGCGCUUCUUCAAAGAUUAGAAAGGGUGAGUGAGUGUCAUCUUUGAAGUCUUAUCAAACUGCUGCCGUUCUCUUUGAAGUCUUGAAGGCUGUUAAUCAGACAUAAGAUGUGCCAGUGCCUAUACAGGUGAAUCUGAUAGUAGAUAUUAUGCUAUGUCGUAUUGUUCUUCUUGAUACUCUUGUGAUAUGGAUUAUCACUUGAUACUCUUGUGAUAUGGAUUA